AUGUCUCCAAAACUUGUGACUGACCUCUGCGCAGACAACCAGCUUCGCUUUGAAUUCAGCGACACACUCUACAGUUCGAAGCUGCUGAAGAUCAGGUACUUCGACAACGCAGUGUGGAAAACCUCCCAGACCAAAUGCUUGCUGCGUGCACUUCUUGAGUGCAAGGAUCGCAUGGUCGUAGACUUUGCUGGAAGACUACUAGGAACAAGCCGCGAUCAAGCUGAGCGACUUGCAGAAUUCAACAGCAACCAUAUUGAUCCAGGCGCAGUAGCGGGUUUUCUCGAACUUCUCGGGACUCAUGGCCGAUCCUGUAUCAAUGUGGCUUUUGCGCGGAGCAUGAUCGAAGCCCAUGCUGCUGAGAGUAUCAAUGCCGAUUCAGCGGAGAACUCGCUCAAGCGCAAACAAAGGGGCGCACUAGGCUCAGUGCCAUGA